AGAAUAAUGACAACAAAUAAUUUCAAAUUGUCAUCUCAUUUUCUUCGGCUAGCUCUUCCCUAACUUCUCACUUCUCCCGUUCCCCUCACUUGUCACUUUGCUGACUUCUUUUGCAGAUCAAUCCAUGGCUUCCUCAGGUGGCAGCCCCGGCCCUAGCCCUAACUCUAAUCCCACGGCUUCCCCCACCUUCGACGUUCAGAAGCUCUUCAAACCUCCACCAUCUUCCUCCAACCCUAACCCUAAUCCUAUUCCGAGGGGUGCAAGCCCCUUCCUCCCACCUCCCUCUUCCUAUCCCGCUCCGCUAUUACCAUCCACCUCGCCAUCGCCAUCGCCAUCGCCGUCGGCGCCUCUCAGCGCCUUCUCCUACCCUCCCACAACUCCGCCGUUCCAGCAUCGACCCUUCCUUCACUAUCCUCAGGCUCCCUCCCCUAUUCCUGUCGCUUCCCCCAACCCUAAUCCUAAUGCAGGCGCACGCCUAAUGGCACUUCUCGGCACAGCCCAACCUGCAAACCUCGAGUCAGCCAUCUCGAUGCCAUCGUCAACGUCGCCGUCACAGUUCUCUGCGGCGCCCGGUAACCCUCCGAUUCUCCAUCCGCCACCUCCUGCCAUGCUGCAGCCGGAUCCUGCGAGAGUUCCAAGCAGCAAAUUACCGCGGGGGCGCCGCCUGGCUGCCGGGGAUCGUGCGGUGUACGAUGUGGACUCAAGGUUGCCAGGGGAGUCUCAGCCGCCUCAACUGGAGGUGACGCCUAUUACUAAGUAUAUAUCGGAUCCAGGCCUUGUGCUUGGGCGGCAGAUUGCACUUAACCGUGUGUACAUCUGCUAUGGGCUCAAGCUUGGAGCUAUUCGCGUGCUUAAUAUCAACACGGCACUUCGAUCUUUGCUUCGAGGGCAUACUCAGAAAGUUACAGACAUGGCUUUCUUUGCUGAAGAUGUACCAUUGUUGGCCAGUGCAAGUAUAGAUGGUAGAAUUUUUGUGUGGAAGAUUAAUGAGGAAUUUGAUGAGGAUGGUAAGCCUCAGAUAACUGGAAAAAUUGUUUUAGCUAUACAACUUAUAGGUGCUGGAGAAGGAGAGCCUUAUCAUCCUCGAGUUUGUUGGCAUCCUCAUAAACAAGAAGUUUUAGUUGUUGGAGUUGGGAACUAUCUGCUAAAAAUUGAUACAAUAAAGGUUGGGAGAAUUGGGCAGUUUUCUGCAGACGAACCUGUUAAAUGCCCCAUUGAUAAGCUUAUUGAUGGAGUGCAGCAUAUUGGUAAACAUGAUGGAGAAAUUACAGAUAUUUCCAUGUCUCAGUGGAUGACAACUCGUUUGGCUUCAGCAUCAAAAGAUGGAAAGAUAAAAAUUUGGGAAGAUCGCAAGGUGAUGCCCAUUGCCAUUCUCACUCCACAUGACAACCAACCUGUUAGCUCAGUUGCCUUUAUGACAUCGCCUGAGCGCCCUGAUCACAUAAUUCUUGUAACUGCGGGCCCAUUGAACAGAGAACUGAAGAUAUGGGUCUCUGCCAGUGAAGAAGGUUGGCUUUUACCAAGUGAUUCUGAGUCAUGGAAAUGUAAUCAGACCUUAGACUUGAGAAGUUCCAGCGAGCCCAGGCAUGAGGAGGCAUUUUUCAAUCAAUUUGUAGUGCUGUCUCGAGCAAGUUUUAUAUUACUGGCAAAUGCAAAGAAAAAUGCUAUCUAUGCGUUACAUGUGGAUUAUGGUCCAAACCCAGCCUCAACACGUAUGGACUACAUAGCAGAUUUUACUGUUACAAUGCCAAUAUUGAGUUUUACUGGAACAAGUGACUGGUUGUCAGAUGUGGAACAGAUUGUUCAAGUUUAUUGCGUGCAGACACAGGCUAUUCAGCAGUAUGCAUUGGAUUUGUCUCAGUGCUUGCCAAUUCCUGUUGACAAUGAGGGGUUGGAGAAACUUGCCUCUAAUUCUGUUCAUGAUGGCCCCAUUUCAGAAGGAUUAUCUGCUCCGCAUUCAUCUUCGGGAGCUACAGGUUAUGAUGGGCCUCUUGCAAAUUUUUCACCUAAACCUAUUCUUACAAACCGCUCUGAAGAUAAUAAAUACCAGGCAGUUUCAGGUACCGCAGAGGCUACUGUUGUUCAUGAACAUGCUGCUUCAAAUGUUGAAGCAGCCAUAUCUGCCCCUCAACUUUCAAACAUUGAUAGAACUACUGGCGAUGUUGCAGCUUCUUCCCCUUCCCUCCCAUUGAAUCGGGAUUUGUCAGAGAAACUUCAUGUUAUGCAAGGCGUCUCAGGUUCUGGUGAGCAAGAGAAAUUACUUAGCGCUGGUAGUGUUGAUAGCCAAGGCCAUGAUUCUAUGGUGGACAAGACAUUGGAUGCUGUAGUAACAAAUGCUCCUGAUGUUCCUCCUGUCGAAACCUCUGGUAAGGAAAAAAACAAGGCUGUAAUUGAAACUAUUCCUAUGGUGCCAAAUGCCCAUACAUUGUUCAAGCCGGAUAGUAAACAAACACAUUUGGUAACUCCAUCUGAGAUAUUGUCAGGUGUCAUUCCUCCUGAAAGCAGUUUUCCUAAUCAUGGGCUUAGAAGUGAGGAGUCAACUGCUCUGAAGGUAAGUGAUAAAAAUGGUAUAGGCCAUGGGGAUGGUAAGGUCGUUGGUGAUAGGGCUUUCACCAAGCAUGAUUCUGAAAAAGAACCUCACGAAGCCCUCACAGAACAGAGGAAAUUAGUUAAGCAUCCUUCUUCGGAACCAAUCAAUUUUGCUGAGAGAAAUGCCUUUAAAACAGAAGAGCAUGAUGCAGAGAAAAUUCACACCCCGGAUAUUAUUGGUUCUGGAAAAUUAGACGUGCCUGCAGGUUCAGGCAAGGAAGCUGUUGAAGAAACCAAAAGAAAAGAUGUGCCCUUAAGGGAUACGUCUCCUGUUGGUACAAAUUCACAACCAAUUUCUGAUUUAAAAUUAAAUAGACCUAAAGAAAAUCGAUCUCAAGCAUCAGCUUUGUUAUCACCUGCAUCUAGCCCCUUUGCCUCAGAUUCUUUAGUUGAGCAUGGGCCUAUCAUCGGCAAUCAUUCUACAGAUGUUUUAUCCCAGCUUCGUCUCAUUCAGGAGCAGUUGAACCAGUUAGUGACGAAUCAAAAGGAGAUAGAGAAGCAGAUGGCUGAGGUUGUGUCUGCUCCUGUUGUCAAGGAAGGGAGAAGGUUGGAAGCUGCUCUCGGCCGGAGCAUGGAGAAAUCUAUCAAGGCCAACAUUGAUUCUUUGCGGGCUCAUAUUCAAGAGGAAAAUGCCAAACAAGAGAAGAACGAAAGAGAGAACAUGCAGCAAUUAACAAGCCUAAUUACGAACUGCCUUAGUAGUCCUGCUGCAGUAGAGAGGACAAUUAAGAAGGAGUUAUCUGCAGUGGGCCAGGUGUUGGCUCGUGCAAUCACCCCUAACAUUGAAAAAUGCAUUUCUUCAGCUAUGGGUGACUCUUUUCAGAGAGGGGUCACAGAUAAAACAGUUAGUCAGCUUGAGAAAACUAUCGGUUCAAAGCUGGAAGCUUCAUUGGCGAGGCAAAUUCAGUCACAAUUUCAAACUUCAGGCAAACAGACCCUGCAGGAUACACUGAAAUCUACUCUGGAAUCAUCAGUGGUUCCUGCGUUUGAGAAAUCUUGCAGAGGGCUGUUUGAGCAGAUAGAUGAAGCCUUCCAGAAAGGUUUAACGGAUCACGUGGCUGCGGCUCAGCAGCAAUAUGAAUCCACACAUACCCAACUUGCACUGACUUUGAGGGAUUCAAUUAACUCUGCAUCAUCUAUCACCCAGAACCUUGUCAGUGAGUUAGCUGAUGGCCAGCAAAAGCUCUUGGCGCUCUUUGCUUCAGGAAAUUCAAAAGCUAAUCCCGUAGCAAUGCAGCAGAGCAAUGGUCCAUUGGGUGGUCAUCCUGAUAUUGCAUUGUCUGUCCAACAGAUUGAGGCCCCCGUUGAUCCUACAAAGGAGCUCACAAGACUGAUAUCUGAACGCAAAUUUGAUGAAGCAUUUACAUUAGCUCUCCAGAGAAGUGAUGUUUCCAUUGUAUCUUGGUUAUGUUCACAGGUAGAUCUGCAUGGGCUUUGUUCUAUGGCUCCGCUUCCUCUCAGUCAAGGCGUCCUGCUUGCCCUUCUUCAGCAGCUAUCCUGCGACAUCAGCACUGAAACUCAGCGGAAGCUCGGCUGGAUGACGGAUGUUUCUGUUGCCAUAAAUCCAACAGAUCCAAUGAUCACAUCGCACGUUCGACCCAUAUUUGAGCAGGUUUAUAACAGACUUCUGCACCAGAGAACACUCCAGACAACCACAGUUGCUGAAGCUUCAAGCAUUCGAUUAAUCAUUCAUGUUAUAAAUUCUAUGUUAAUGAGCUGUAAAUGAUGUGUCUUGAGAAUGCUUCAGCAGAGUCAGCAGGCGGCAUAUUUAAGUCAGGGAGGGUAGUGUUAGUUUGUAAAAUAGGCUGAACAAAUGUGAACUUUAUGUUUGAUUCUUGUUUUUGUUUUGUUCAAUACGGCACACCCUCCCAUUGCAUAAUUGUAGACUUUGUGAUAGAGUCUCAAUUUUCAUUGUAAUUCUCAUGAACUUAAGGUCUUAUUAUACAUUACAUUGCUUGUAUAGCAAAUUUUCGACCGUUUUGAUAAUAUGAAAUAAGUCUUUCUGUUUAA